AUGUCUGGUGAUUCAUCAUCUAAAGCAGCAGCAGCAGCAGGAACAGUAGCAGCAGCAGCAGCAACAGCAGCAGCAGCAGCAGCAGAAGCAGCAGCAGAGGAGAAGAAGAUGAAGAAAUUAUCUCCUGUACCUACAGAGAAGGAAUUAGAGUCUGAUGUCUUACCUGAUGAUUUGCUGCAGCGUGUGCAGCAAGCAGCACCAAAUAGAACAGCAGAUGAGCAGCAGAAGCUGCUGCAUGCACUGCAUGCAUCGCAUGCAGCAGCAAUAAAAUUAAAUAAAUUAGGCAAAGAAAUAACACAAGAAAAUCUCCUUAAGGCAGGAGUAUCUAUUAAGAUGCAGCAAAUGGUAGCAGAGGCCCUAGGCAUACAGCAGCAGCAGCAGCAGCAACAGCAGCAGCAGCAGCAGCAGCAGCAGCCAUUGCAGCAUCAGCAGUUAGACCAACUACAACAAGUACAGUUGCACCAGCAGCAGGUAUUGCAACAGCAGGGACUACAGCAGCAGCUGCAGCAGCUGCAGCAGCAGCAGCAGCAGCAGCAGCAGCCAUUAGUAAGACUUGGCUCCCUUGAGCUACAAACAGGCCAAUGGCUACGUGGCGCUGCAGCAGGGAAUGGUAUAGGCCUAUGGUCUAAUACAGCAGCAGGAGCAGGAGGAGCACCGCAACAAGGGGCAGCAGCAUCAGGAGGAGGAGGAGGACAAGGACAAGGAGGAGGAGGAGAAGAAGAAGACCCAUUAUAUAAAAGAUUAAUAGAGAAUACUCCGUUAAUGGGAGAAAAAGAGAGAGAAAUGUUAUGGAUAGAUAUAAAGGAAGCAAGAACAGCAGCAAAAAAUUUAAUAAAAAAAGGAAAAUUACCAACAAAAAAAAACCUAAUAAAAGAAGGAAUAAGUAUAUCUAAGCAGAAUAGUAUAGCAUGGGUAUUAGGUAUACCCUUUAAUAGCAGCAGCAGCAGCAGCAGCAGCAGCAGCAGUAGUAGUAGUAGUACAUGGAAACAUUGGUGGGGAGAAUUAGGGCUAACAGAAAAGGUAUUAUACUGUAUAGGUCUGCUGCUGCUGCUCCUCCUUCUUGCUGCUGCUGCUGUAUAUCUAAGAAAAAAGAUUAUUAAUAGCUAUAAACGCAUGCGUAGUAUAAGGAGGGAGGCGUGUCUGCUGCAGCUGCAGAGGGAGAGCAGGAGACGUCGUCGUGAGAGGGAGAAGCAGCAUUUGCUGCUCCUGGAGCAGCAACUGCAGCAGCAGCAAAAAGUACUGCAGCAGCAGCAAACUAUUAAUAAGAAGGCAGCAAGCACAUUCAAGGAAUUACGUCUUAAGACUACUAUGUUAGAUAAUACGCAUGCAGCAGCAGCAACAGCAGCAACAGCAGCAGCAACAGAAGGUAAUCCUCCUGCUGCUGCUGCUGCUCCUACUCUAUCCAAGAGACAUCUAAGAGGAUUUACACUAAAGGGGCAGGCAAUCAGCAGCAGCAGCAGCAGCAGCAACAACAACAACCACCAUCUACAUGGGGAUAGUGGUGUCGCCUCCCGCAUGCAUGGUGGCAGCAGCAGCAGCAGCAGCAGCAGCAGUAGUGCAGCAGCAGCAGCAAACACCGCCGAGGAAGCUGCUGCUGCUGCUGCUGCUGCUGCACCCCACACUCUUCAUAAGAGAGAGACAGCAGCACCACGCAGCAGCCAUACAAUGCAUGCAGACACAGAGGGACACCUCCACCACCGCAGCAGCAGCAGCAGCAACAACAACAACAACAACAGCAGCAACAGCAGCAAAAAGCCCCCACGAUGA